AUGGCCAACGAUUCCUUGGUUACAGCUCGUGUCAUAGGAGAUGUCUUGGACCCCUUCUACAGCUCCAUUGACCUGAUGGUGCUGUUCAAUGGCAUGCCCAUUGUCAGCGGCAUGGAGCUGCGUUCUCCGACGGUCUCUGAGAGGCCGAGGGUUGAGAUCGGAGGAGAUGACUAUCGUGUUGCAUAUACCCUGGUGAUGGUUGAUCCUGAUGCUCCAAACCCAAGCAGCCCAACCCUGAGGGAGUACCUGCACUGGAUGGUCACUGACAUUCCAGCGUCAACUGAUGACACCUACGAGAGGGAGGUGACGUGCUACGAGGCCCCAAACCCGACGACGGGGAUCCACCGGAUGGUGCUGGUGCUGUUCCGGCUGCUGGGGCGGGAGACGGUGUACGCGCCGUCCAGGCGCCACAACUUCAGCACGCGCGGCUUCGCCCGCCGCUACAACCUCGGCGCGCCCGUCGCGGCCAUGUACUUCAACUGCCAGCGCCAGAACGGCUCCGGCGGACAGAGGUUCACCGGGCCCUACACCGGCGGCCGACAUGGUGGUGGUGCUUAG